AUGCGUGCUCCUCCUACCGAAGACCAAGCUGGCCACACCGUCUCCCAGCGUCUGCGAAAGCUCCGAAAGAUCCCGGCCGAGUUGAUUCCUCUCGGUGUUGUCGUCGGAUUCGCUGUCUUCGCCGCCGGCUACUCGAGCAUGCGCAAGUUCUGGGUCGACAAGACCAUGCGCCUCAAGCGACAAAACCGCGCAGCCGACUCCGCUGCUGCUGGCACUGAAGAGCACCACUAG